UCAGCUUUACACACACAGGAAGAGGAAGUGAGGGAGUGUUUGAGAUCAAGGAUGGACACAGAGCCACAGAAACUACUUUAACGCUCUUUUAUCCUCAUGAAAUACAGAUGAAGGCGAUGGACGGGUUUCCCCAGCUAGUGUGAAGGUGAUCUGACUGUCAUUCUUACCAGGGGUUGAAGGCGUAGAUUGGGGACAUGAUGUUGGACCACGCUGACGUGAGUUUCACCCCAGAGGAGCGAGUGCGGGCCUUGACGAAGAAGGGCAGCUCGGUGGACAUGAACGAAGCAGUGCCGGUCCGCAGAUACUUCCGCUCGGGCAUGGAGAUGAUCCGCAUGGCACACGUGUACGACGAGGAGGGCAACACAGAGCACGCCUUCGUCCUCUACAACAAAUACAUCACGCUUUUUAUUGAAAAGCUUCCUAAGCAUCCAGAAUAUAAGCUGUCUAAUAUUGCUGAGAAGAAGGAGAUGUUACGGAAGCUAAAGGAGACGGCUUUCCCUCAAGCAGAGCUGCUGAAGAAACAUUUACUGAGAAGAUAUGAGAGAGAAUAUGCGGAGUACAUCAGCAAAAAGCGUGCGGAAGCAGAAGCGCUGGAGCGUGAGUUAUCCCGUCAGCGAGAGCUGGAGUCGGAGAGGCAGCGUGUGCUGGACAUGCAGAGGAGACAGCGAGAGCAGGAGCAGUUCAGCAUGUUCGAGGACAUGAUCCGACAGAAGGAGCGUCCAGAACACGGGCACCAGAUCAGCUCUCCGGCGUCCCAGCAGGAGGACACGCUGCUCAUCCCCGGGAUCCAGGGUCCACCGCUGCCCUAUCUAGAGUCCCCCACCCCCCCUCAGAGCCCGCUGGCCAAUCACAGCGCUCCGCCGGCCCCCCCGACCUUUGACCGCUCGCUGAAACCGGGUCACCUCAGCAGCAACACUACAAUGGUUGAUGGUUUACGCCAGAUUGCUGUUCCUGCUGAACUCUGUGGCAAAUUCCUGCGAAUAGCCAAUAGCAACACCAUAAGAGCCGUGGAAACCUGUGGGAUACUCUGUGGGAGACUGAAUAUGAACGCGUUCACAGUGACGCAUGUGAUCGUGCCGAAGCAGUGUGGCGGUCCAGAUUACUGUGACACGGAGAAUGAAGAGGAGCUGUUUCUGGUGCAGGACCAGCACAACCUCAUCACCCUGGGCUGGAUACACACACACCCGACUCAGACCGCAUUCCUGUCCAGCGUUGAUCUGCACACACACUGCUCGUACCAGAUGAUGCUGCCCGAGUCCAUCGCCAUCGUCUGCUCGCCCAAAUUCAACCAGACCGGCUACUUCAGACUGACCGACUAUGGCCUGGAGGAGAUCUCGACCUGCACUCAGAAAGGCUUUCAUCCUCAUCCCAAAGAACCUCCUCUUUUUACGGGUGGCAGCCACAUUAUAAUCACAGAGGGCACCGUCUCGAUGCUUGACCUCCGGUGACCCCUUCGCACGCCGCGGCCGUGAAGCUUAUUCCUCAUGUUUUCACAGCUUUCAGUGGUGGUGGGAUUUCUUGAAGAGACAGACACUUGCCUACAAGCAGCACUUUUGGGAUAAUUCGAGCGCACUGACUGAAGCGGCGACUUU